AUAAUAAUAAUAAUAAUAAUAAUAAUAAUAAUAAUAAACACACACGAAGCCUGCAAAGCCACUAGCAGUGGAGAACGCCCAUGUUUAUACAGCAUAUCUGAACCUUGCACCAGUCUCUCGGCUCACCCAGUCCACUCCCACUAUAGUGAAGCCAUGGCGACCCACGACCCCUUGCAUUCAUGUGCAGAGCGACGAUCACUGAUGUGUACUCCUACCUUUAAAAGCUAGCAACAGGGUUUCAGUUUUGUGUGGACUUACAGGACAGAAUAACUCAGAUAUUUAAAAAAAACAAACAAACUUUGCUGUUAGCUUUAACCCUUCAAGGUACAACGCACACAUGUGUCCCACAUAUAUUAGGGUUAGGGGUUUAACAAAACAGGGUUUAACAUUUACUGACAGGUUGGAGAAGGUCAUCCAUGUGGUCACUUUCCCUGACCCCGUGAUCCUCGAGUCGCUCUCCAACGUGUUUUUAAGAAGAAACUGUUUGAUACACAAUCGCGCCGUUCCUUGUGGACCGCAAAGGGUUAAAUAAGUCUUUGAAAAAUGAGAAUGCAUUGCCGUGCUUCUGCAUGGCAAACUUCUCUGAAAGAACCUCUUACCCAGUUGUGAUGAACCUUUGGUAUCGCCAGUAUUUGCAUUACGUUCUUGAGAGUGUCAGAUUGCAGGAGUGCGUGAGGUUUCUCUCUAGCUCCAUCUGUACGGAACACAUUUUUAGUUGUAUCUUGGAAGAGCAAGCAGUAAAUGCACAAGCUGCGAUAUACUUUACCACAACUUGUUAGAUUAUGAGUUAUUUGUUUAUUCUGAGUUGGUCCUGAGUCAUACCUCCUGCAGGUCUCAGCUGGCUCUCGGAAAAAGAUUUGUAAUUAAAACAGCGAACCCUCCCCUGUGUCAGACGGCUAAUCUUCUUAGGCACCUUUUAAACAGAUUUACAAAUGAUAAAUCGCAGCAGGUGAUUCAUUCUUUAGAGGCUGGAUGACAGAAAGGGCUUGUCUGUUAAUCUGUCUCCUGCUCUGUGUUAGUUAGGGAAAGACAAGAGUGGUUUAUUCAAGUUUAUGAAUCCAAAAGUCAACUUUUUUUUUUCUUUUGCUCUUGUGUUGAACGCCUGUUUAAAACUCACUUCCUCCCAGUCCCUCAGCUCUAACUACAAGGCCACUUUGCCACAUUCCAGUCCCUUGGUACGCAUGGCAGAUUUUACAUGGUACAUCUCACAGGGACUGAAUUUCAGUCUACGGAGGUCAUGCUAUUAUACAAGGCUCUAGUCGACCCCAUCGAGAAUGCCGUGUCCAGUUUUGGCCAACUCCCUACAAAAUAAUACACUUAAGAUACACUAACUAAUAAUGCACUUAAGAAGGUAGAGAGCAGGGCAGCUAGGUGGAUCGCAGGACUGAAUUCUAUGAGCUAAGAGGACAGGAUAAAAUAGGGACAUCUCUGCAGCCUGGAAAAGAAAGAGGGGACUUGACUGAAUUCUUUCAAAUCCUAAAUGGUCUAGAUAAUGUUAACCCAAGACAAGACUUCAAAUUGAGCACAGAGAGAAGAACAGACAUGGAAGCUGUGUAAAUGUAUGUUUAGAACCGAGCACUUUGUCACACACAGUGUUAUAAAUGCAUGGAAUCGCCUGGCAGGUGAAGUGGGGUCUAGUAGGGUGGGCUGAACUGCCUUUUCUCAUUCCCAAACCUUCCUUAUGUUCUGACGUGCAAAACAUCUGAAUCUGGGGCUAUAUGAAGCAUACAGAUAUAUUUUCCUGCAGUGGAUAUUUGUCGUGGUGAUCAUGUGACAUCUCUCAAUUUUGAAUGGACAGCUAUGGCUGAAUUUCACUGGCAUGUUUAUUUAUUUAUUAGCUAAUAAAGCACUUAGAGCUGAAACGGAAAAGAUUAAGCUUUUAGCUUUUAAUGUAAUCCUGAGAGCAGCAGGUUAGGUUUGUAUCUCUGUGAGGGCUGUGUGAGUGUGUGUGUUGCCCUACUCUUCCCUUGUCAAUGCCUGUUGCGGAAGUAAUCCCAGCCCAGGGGGUCUUGUAGCACAAGGCUGGGGGCUGGAGGCUGAGGGCUGGUCCACACACAAUAUAAACAGCAAGCACGCAGCAGAUCAGCACUUGUCACAGCACUCCACACAGCCCAAGAGAAAAGGUAAGUUUGUAUUUGCAUCUAACAAAACAGUACGACGUAUCUCACCUUAUUUUGCAUGGUCCAUAUCGCAUUUUUCAUUGUAAUAUCUGUGCUACUUUAGGUUCGGGAAAGUCCUCAGCUUCCCAGUUCUCAGGAAAUCUACUGCACUCUCAUUUACUCUUAGUAUAAGGGAUUGAAGGGUGCUGCUGGCUGGUAUAACCAAUGCUUUUAAACUCGGCACAGACACCAAGACUAGAGACGCAGCUGGAAAUCAAGACUUGGGACCGAGAAAGGAGACACUGGGAAAGGAGAGGGAUGUGGGGAUGGAAUGGGUUGCCUAGCCAUGCUGUGGAUGCUGAAUUACUGGGAUCCGUAAAAAAAAAGCGCAGUUUUGAGAUCCAGAAAUGAUUGUUGUUUCAGCAUGGCAGUGAGCAGAGGUGCCUUCGUGUGGCUGCUUUUCACUCUGACGGCCGUGUCGGAGGUCUGCUACGGCCAGCACUGGUCAUACGGACUGCGGCCUGGCGGAAAGAGAGAGGCGGAGAGCCUGCUGGACACCCUGCGAGAGAUUGCUGGCACGGAGAAGCUGGCCAAUGCAGAUCACUCGGAGCGCGGAAUGAGCUUCCAGAGCAGCCAACUCAGCCCCCUAAAGGGGGUGCUAGAAUGUCUGGUUGACGGAGAAUCAGCAGGAAAAAGGAUUUAGAGAGGGUGUAAAAAACACG